AUGACCUCCCGUCAGCGCGUAUCAAUAGCAUGUCAAGCAUGUCGAAAGAGACGUGUCAAAUGCGAUGGAGCGAAGCCAUCGUGUUCUAGAUGCGCUAGACUUACGGAAUCCUGCGAAUACCUACACUCCGAGGAAAAGCGCAAACCACCAAGCAAGCGCUACAUCCAAUCCUUACUUUCGCGCAUAGAAAGCCUAGAACGACAAGUCGCACAGUACGAAGGACGAGAAACGCCCUCCCGGGCCUCCGCUCCACUUCAACCACAAAACCAUCAUUCGCCCAACGGCUCCAUCCCGCAAGACUCGGUCCAGGAACUCGUCGACCUCUGCGGCGGGUUGAGUCUCGGGGAAGGCGAGGAACUGCGCUUCUUCGACUCGCGCAGCAAUCUCGCCUUGGUGUCCGAGCAGCUCGAUGAACGGUGCCACGACCACCUGCUGAAGUUCUCCGCCGAUCGAACGCAGCGGCCCGGCGUCGGGGAGAUCGACGUAGACCCCGCGAUCCAGAAGACGCUGUUAGAUCUCUUCUGGCGGUGGCAGAAUCCCUGGCAGUAUCUGUUGCAUGAAAGCGCCUGGCGUCGGAGCUAUGAACGCCGGGAUAAUGAUUACUGUACCCCGACCCUGCUGUAUGCGAUGCUGGCGGUGGCGGCGCGUUACUCGGAUGAGCCCACGCUUUCUCACGAUUUCGGCAAGUAUACGGCGGGAAUUACCUUUGCUGCUGAGGCAAAGCAGCUUAUCUUUGAAGAGAUUGAGGCGCCCCGGGUGGCGACGGUGGUAGCCGCUGUGUUGAUCUCGGUGGCGGAGUUGGCGUUGGAUAUCGAGCCGGCUGGGUGGACGUAUAUUGGAAUGGCUGUGCGAAUGGCAUAUACCUUGGGUCUUCACACGGAUUCUCGUCCGUGGGUGGAAUCUGGUCGUCUUACGGCCGAAGAUGCGGAGAUUCGGUCGGUUGCUUGGUGGGGGUGCUAUUUGAUUGAGAAGUUUUACAGCCUUGCGUUAGGUCGGCCGAGCGCAUGCAUCGACCGGGACAUUCACGCCCCUUUACCCACCAUCUUACCUGUUGUCGAAUUCAAGGGCCUGGAAGAAUCCUUGAAGCCAUCAACAGCUCAGCAUCUGCCUAUCGGCUACUCCAUCACAAAUUUCCGGUAUAUAUGCGAAAUGCUCAGGCUGGUCACUGGUCCCUUGGACGAAAUCUACUCACUCAGCCCGAAGAUCACACGAGAGAACAAAGCGGAUAUCGUCUUGAAGGCCUCGAUAGCGCUAUCGGCGUUCUACGAUCGGAUCCCAAGUGUCAUUCGACUCCCGUCCUCUGGCUUGGGUGGUCCCUUGGCCGUGCAUAUCUAUUACCUCCAUAUCCAUUACCACGGCCUGAACAUCCUCCUCCAUCGUCCGUUCAUCUCACGACAGGCAACCUCCCCACAGACCGAUGAUCAAAAGGGCGCCGAUUCCUCGCAUCUCGAAGAAUGCACCCGAUCCGCCGAAGCAUUGACGGCGAUAUUGAAAGAAGUUGAAAGGCAUUAUGCCCUGAGAACCGCCACCAUCUCCAUCAUUCACCCCUGCCUCACCGCAGGCCUCAUUCACCUGUGCAAUUGGACCCUCCCGAGUCCCGGCGUGAAGACCCGAGCAAAGAAGCACUUCCUGUACAUCAUGCACGGCCUUUACCAGAUGAGUACUGCGUGGGUGUGGGCGCUCCGCGCGAUCCGGUUACUGAAGUUAGUCGCGUGUCGUUGGCUACCAUCGAAAGAGUUUGCGGGGUUGAUGGCGAAUGAGCUGGCAUAUUUGGCGAGAGAGGAUGGGGCUGAGGAUGUGGUUCCAGUACUGCGGGGAAUACCAGACGCGGUGGGUUAUGAUCCCUGGGCUGAGCCCUUGUGGUCCGAAGGGGACUGGGCACGGUCGGGGCUGUUGUUCGAUCUUGAUCUGUGGGAGAGUGAGAAUUUGCUUCCGGGGGUGAGCGGGCAGACUUGA